CGACAACCAUAUUAAACGGAACUUUGUCGGAAACGAGUGUUUCCUAUCAUUUACCGAGAAUCAAAUUUUUGUCGGCGUUUGACGGUCGGAAAUAACCAUUUCUCGGGAAAUUCUCGGUAAGUUCCGACCAAAAUUAUUGUCGGUAACAUCUAUGGGAAAAUCGUCGGAACAUACCAAUGAAUUUAUGAGAAAACAAUUCUGAUGAAGUACCGACAAAUGAAUAUAUUUCAAUAAAAAAAAAUAUAAUUACAAUUAUAAAAUAUUAUUACAUAAAACAAUAUAAUUUAAAAUAUAAAAUAUUUAUUGCAUAAAACUAAAUACAGAAAGAACUAAUCUAUUAUCUAUCAUCUACUCAUCUAACAUCUAGGAAUUUGAUAAGAAAAUGUUGGUUAACAAUAGCGGUGAUAGUGGAUGUGGAGUGAACGCAAUGGAAGCAGUGGUAGGAGUGCAAGUAGAGGCAGUGGCAGUUGAAGACGUUGCGACGGUGGCGGCAUACAGAGUUCAGUGGUGGGAGUCGUGGUGGCGGUGGAAGGAGUUUCGGCUGUACGCGGUGCAAGUAGUCGGUGAUGGCAGUGCAAUGAGUUGCGGUGGAGGUGGUGAUGAAAGGAGCUGCCGUGUUGAUGGAGCAAAGAGGUGCGGUGGUGGUGGAGCAAGAGUUUCACGGUGGUUCUCUUUUGCUUUAAAGUAGAUCUGAGAUAAAAGAAGAGAGAAAAG